GAGCGGGAGGAAAGGGGAAGGAGAGGCAGCAGCCCAGGCCUGGUGUGAGGCCUGCAAACUCCCGGACGAGCCAUCCCUCCCCAUGGCCUCCACUCAGGCUGCUGGGAAGAGCAGAGGGGAGAAGCGGAAGAGGGUGGUGCUGACCCUGAAGGAGAAGAUCGACAUCUGCACGCGCCUGGAGAAGGGUGAGAGCCGGAAGGCGCUGAUGCAGGAGUACAACGUGGGCAUGUCCACCCUGUAUGACAUCAAGGCCCAUAAGGCCCAGCUGCUCCGGUUCUUUGCCAACUCCGACUCCAACAAGGCAUUGGAGCAGCGGCGCACCCUGCACACGCCCAAGCUGGAGCACCUUGACCGGGUCCUGUAUGAGUGGUUCCUGGUGAAGCGCUCCGAGGGUGUCCCUGUGUCCGGCCCCAUGCUCAUCGAGAAGGCCAAGGACUUCUACGAGCAGAUGCAGUUGACCGAGCCCUGUGUGUUCUCCGGAGGCUGGCUGUGGCGUUUCAAAGCCAGACAUGGCAUUAAGAAGCUAGAUGCGGCCAGUGAGAAGCAGGUGGCAGACCACCAAGCAGCUGAGCAGUUCUGUGGGUUUUUCAAGAGCUUGACUGCCGAGCACGGUCUGUCCCCUGAGCAAGUCUACAAUGCCGAUGAGACUGGCCUUUUCUGGCGGUGCUUGCCAAAUCCCAGCCCGGAAGGUGGGACUGUGCCUGGUCUCAAGCAGAGCAAGGACAGGCUGACCGUUCUUAUGUGCGCCAAUGCCACAGGCUCCCAUAGAAUCAAACCCUUGGCGAUUGGGAAGUGCAGCGGCCCCAGGGCUUUUAGAGGCAUCCAGCACCUGCCCGUCGCCUAUAAGGCCCAAGGUAACGCUUGGGUGGACAAGGAGAUUUUCUCUGACUGGUUCCAUCACAUCUUUGCUCCCUCGGUGAGAGAGCACUUCAGAACCAUAGGUCUGCCUGAAGACAGCAAGGCCAUUCUCCUGCUGGACAGCUCCCGGGCCCACCCGCGGGAGUCUGAGCUAGUUUCUGAUAACAUUUUUACCAUCUUCCUGCCCGCCAGUGUUACCUCGUUAAUUCAGCCCAUGGAGCAGGGCAUCCGGAGAGACUUCAUGAGGCACUUCAUCAACCCGCCCAUCACCCUGCAGGGCUUCCACACCCGCUACAACGUGAAUGAUGCCAUAUUCAACGUGGCCUGUGCCUGGAACGCGGUGCCCAGCCAUGUCUUCAGGCGGGCCUGGCGGAAGCUGUGGCCUGUGGUCACGUUUGCCGAAGGCUCUUCGGAGGAGGAGGAGGAAGAGGAGGAGGCCGAACGCUUCAGAGCCAAGCCUCACAAUAAGACUUUUGCUCACAUCCUUGAGCUUGUGAAAGAGGGUCCCUCGUGCCCAAGCAACAGGUUUCAUAAAAGUGCGGUCCCAGAGUGGGGUGCAAUGGAAAGAGAGGUGGAAGAGGUGUGUCCCCUGGCUGCCGCAUCACCAGCGGGGGCCAUUUGGAACCCAGAAAAGGCGAAGAAGGAAGCCAGCCAAGACAGCGUGGGAGGAGACGUGGGGGAGGGCACCGAGGCGGCCUGGGAGCAGGCAGCCGCAUCCUUUGCCACUCUCAUCUGCUUUGCAGAGAGGCAGCCUUGCUUCUCCCUGCAGGAGGUGGGGCAGCUGCGUGCGCUGCACUCUGUGUUCAGGAGGCACCACCAGGUGAGGCGGCAGCGCGCAGCUCUCAGGGCCAUGGUCAAAGUCGAAGCCCUUCAGGAGCGUCCUGGCGUUUGCACAGCCUCGGCCCACUCUCCUUUGCCCUGUUCGUCCAUGGCAGAUGAGAACUGAUAGCUGUCACCUGUGGCCAGCAGCUCUUUGUUCCACAGUGCCAUGUGGUCAUGCUGCCUAUACUGUCGGCCUGAGACUGGAGAGCAUGCUCAGACCCUUGCGAGCUCUCCUGGGAGCAUGGGCACUGCCAGAGUGGAGUCUCAGUUAUUCAGAUUGGCCCAUCCUCCCUGCUAAUUGGGGUCUUAUGUUCUCACUUGUCACCUGAAUGAGAGGAAAUAUUCUGGAUGAGUCCAUCCUUACCUAAUACAUACCAGAGCCCCCCCCUAGCUGGAACUGGGUCCAGGUUGGGCUGAUUCUGGGUCUCAUUUUAGCUGGCUGAGCCUCGCUCUGUCAGAGGGUACAGACAUUGUCUGUCCUAGAGGCGAGAAGCGAUUCUGCUGGCUGAGGGGUGGCUGUACCUGUGCUGCCAUCAGACACCACGUUUUCCAAGGCCCAGCUCUCCUGCCCCUUGGGAGGCUUGGUCUGCUGGGCUAGACUCCAAACAUGGUGCCUGAGGGCAGGUUGCAGGGGCUGGGACCCGGUUCAUGAGUGCAUGAGUGUAGCCCUUGCUUGUGGCUGUACAGGAAACACAUCCUGCCCUGUUUACAUGUC